AUGAACGAAAUCAAGAUGGAAGACGAAAAUGAAAUUAAGAGGCAUGAUGAAGAAGAUAGCAAAGGUAAAACUGAAAUUCUGGAGGAAAGAAAUUUCGAUUUGCGAACUGACAAUGAAAACAGAUUAGAUCAUCAAGAGGUCAGAAUGAUAUUGCCUGCAGAAAAUACUGAACAGGUUAUGCAUAUUGACUGUAGUCCUAAAUAUGAUGGCGGUGUUAGUGACGAAAACUUAAUGAUCAAUGAAAGAAGAUUGGAUGAUCGAGAGGUCAAAACGAUACUCCCUGCUGAAGAGAAUGAACAGGUUAUGCAUACCGAUAGCAAUGCUAAGCAUGUUGGAGACGUAAGUGACAAAAGUUUGAUGUUCAAGGAAAGAAGAUUAGAUGAUCAAGAGGUCAAAAUGAUACUCCCUGCUGAAGAGAAUGAAAAGGUCAUGCAUACCGAUUGCAUUGCUAAGCAGGUUGGAGACGUUAAUGACAAAAUCUUGAUGUUCAAAGAAAGAAGUUUAGAUGAUGAAGGCGUCAAAAUGAUAUUGCCUGCUAAACAAAAUGAACGGGUUAUGCAUUAUGACUGUAUUCCUAAACAUGAUGGUGAUGUUUGUGACAAAAGCUUGAUGCUCAAUGAAGUAAGAUUAGAUGAUCAAGAUGACGAAAUGUUAUUGCCUGCAGAAAAGAAAAAAGAGGCUAUGCAUACUAAUUGUAUUGCUAAGUAUAAUGGAGACGCUAGUCACGACAGCUUGAUGCUCAAUGAAAAAAGAUUAGAUGAUCAUGACGUUAAAAUGAUAAAGCCUGCAGAAAAGAAAGAAGAGGCUAUGCAUACUAAUUGUAUUGCUAAGUAUAAUGGAGACGCUAGUCACGACAGCUUGAUGCUCAAUGAAAAAAGAUUAGAUGAUCAAGACGUUAAAAUAAUAAAGCCUGCAGAAAAGAAAGAAGAGGCUAUGCAUACUAAUUGUAUUGCUAAGUAUAAUGGAGACGCUAGUCACGACAGCUUGAUGCUCAAUGAAAAAAGAUUAGAUGAUCAAGACGUCAAAAUGAUAAUGUCUACAGAAAAGAUAGAAGAGGAUAUGCAUACUAAUUGUAUUGCUAAGUAUAAUGGAGACGCUGGUCACGACAGCUUGAUGCUCAAUAAAAAAAGAUUAGAUGAUCAAGACGUUAAAAUGAUAAAGCCUGCAGAAAAGAAAGAAGAGGCUAUGCAUACUAAUUGUAUUGCUAAGUAUAAUGGAGACGCAAGUCACGACAGCUUGAUGCUCAAUGAAAAAAGAUUAGAUGAUCAAGACGUUAAAAUGAUAAAGCCUGCAGAAAAGAAAGAAGAGGCUAUGCAUACUAAUUGUAUUGCUAAGUAUAAUGGAGACGCUAGUCACGACAUCUUGAUGCUCAAUGAAAAAAGAUUAGAUGAUCAAGACGUCAAAAUGAUAAUGUCUACAGAAAAGAUAGAAGAGGUUAUGCAUACUAAUUGUAUUGCUAAGUAUAAUGGAGACGCUGGUCACGACAGCUUGAUGCUCAAUGAAAAAAGAUUAGAUGAUCAAGACGUUAAAAUGAUAAAGCGUGCAGAAAAGAAAGAAGAGGCUAUGCAUACUAAUUGUAUUGCUAAGUAUAAUGGAGACGCUAGUCACGACAGCUUGAUGCUCAAUGAAAAAAGAUUAGAUGAUCAAGACGUUAAAAUGAUAAAGCCUGCAGAAAAGAAAGAAGAGGCUAUGCAUACUAAUUGUAUUGCUAAGUAUAAUGGAGACGCUAGUCACGACAGCUUGAUGCUCAAUGAAAAAAGAUUAGAUGAUCAAGACGUUAAAAUGAUAAAGCCUGCAGAAAAGAAAGAAGAGGCUAUGCAUACUAAUUGUAUUGCUAAGUAUAAUGGAGACGCUAGUCACGACGGCUUGAUGCUCAAUGAAAAAAGAUUAGAUGAUCAAGACGUUAAAAUGAUAAAGCCUGCAGAAAAGAAAGAAGAGGCUAUGCAUACUAAUUGUAUUGCGAAGUAUAAUGGAGACGCUAGUCACGACAGCUUGAUGCUCAAUGAAAAAAGAUUAGAUGAUCAAGACGUCAAAAUGAUAAAGCCUGCAGAAAAGAUAGAAGAGGCUAUCCAUACUAAUUGUAUUGCUAAGUAUAAUGGAGACGCUAGUCACGACAGCUUGAUACUCAAUGAAAAAAGAUUAGAUGAUCAAGACGUUGAAAUGAUAAAGCCUGCAGAAAAGAAAGAAGAGGCUUUGCAUACUAAUUGUAUUGCUAAGUAUAAUGGAGACGUUAGUCACGACAGCUUGAUGCUCAAUGAAAAAAGAUUAGAUGAUCAAAACGUCAAAAUGAUAAUGUCUACAGAAAAGAUAGAAGAGUUUAUGCAUACUAAUUGUAUUGCUAAGUAUAAUGGAGACGCUGGUCACGACAGCUUGAUGCUCAAUGAAAAAAGAUUAGAUGAUCAAGACGUUAAAAUGAUAAUGUCUACAGAAAAGAUAGAAGAGGUUAUGCAUACUAAUUGUAUUGCUAAGCAUGAUGGAGAUGUUAAUGACGAAAGAUUGAUGCUCGAAGAAAAAAGAUUUGAUGAUCAAGACGUCAAAAUGAUAAUGUCUACAGAAAAGAUAGAAGAGGUUAUGCAUACUAAUUGUAUUGCUACUCAUGAUGGAGACGUUAAUGACGAAAGCUUGAUGCUCAAUGAAAAAAGAUUAGAUGAUCAAGACGUCAAAAUCAUAAUGCCUACAGAAAAGAAAGAAGAGGUUAUGCAUACUAAUUGUAUUGCUAAGCAUGAUGGAGACGUUAGUGACGAAAGCUUGAUGCUCGAUGAAAAAAGAUUUCAUGAUCAAGACGUCAAAAUGAUGUCUACAGAAAAGAUAGAAGAGGUUAUGCAUACUAAUUGUAUUGCUACUCAUGAUGGAGACGUUAGUGACGAAAGCUUGAUGCUCAAUGAAAAAAGAUUAGAUGAUCAAAACGUCAAAAUCAUAAUGCCUACAGAAAAGAAAGAAGAGGUUAUGCAUACUAAUUGUAUUGCUACUCAUGAUGGAGACGUUAAUGACGAAAGAUUGAGGCUCGAUGAAAAAAGAUUUGAUGAUCAAGACGUCAAAAUCAUAAUGCCUACAGAAAAGAAAGAAGAGGUUAUGCAUACUAAUUGUAAUGCUAAGAAUGAUGGAGACGUUAGUGACGAAAGCUUGAUGCUCAAUGAAAAAAGAUCAGAUGAUCAAGACGUCAAAACAGUAUUGCCUGAACAAAAGAAAAAAAUGAAAAGUUACCCAAAGAUAUCUAAGUGGUUUUGCAGGUAA